CAACUUCAUUUCCAAGGCCUCUUAACUUUCUAUCCUGUCCCAAAAAUGGAGUCUGUUGGCUCCUCUUCAACUCCUCCCUACCACCAAAAUCACCGCUUAGGACCCACCCAACCCGUCACCAGCCGAAUCAGCCGAGCCCUCCGCCAUGGGCUGCGCCUCCUUCACCGGUCUGACUCUCUCUUUUUUAUUUUAGGCGCCACUGGAAAUGUUUACACCGUUAACUUAUCCUCCGCCCCGUCGUGCACGUGCCCUGAUAGCUUUACCCCGUGCAAACACAUACUAUUUGUGUUGGUACGAGUCCUUGGCGUUUCUCUUGAUGAAACGUGUCUCCGGCGGAGGACUCUCCGUCCCUGGAAACUCAACCGUUUACUUGCCACACCCACAUCGCCGGAAGCACUGGCGGCGGCUGGCCUCCGUCAUAGAUUUCAUAAACUCUUCUUUCGAGAAAGGAAUGAAAAUGGUUCAGAGGGAUCAGUUGAAAUAAAAGAUGGAAGUGUGUGUCCUGUGUGUCUUGAAGAGAUGGGGAAGGAGGAGAGAGUGGUGUGUUGUGAGACGUGUAAGAACUUGAUUCAUGAAGAAUGCUGGAUGAGGUGGAAGAUGAGUGGACGGAGGAGAUGGGCUAGUUGUGUGGUUUGUCGUUCAAGGUGGAGAGAUAGGAGUGAUGAAGAGAAAUAUCUGAAUUUGGCACCUUACCUUCAAGAGGAGGACGAAAAUGUGGCGGAAUCCAGCGGCGGCGGCUGUCUCUGUGGUGGUUAGACAUUUAAAUUUAUAUUAAUUUGCCUGAAAAUCUGAGACCAGAAUGUAGAAUCUUAAAAUUGUAUCAGGUUCUUUGAUUCAUCUGUAAAUACAAUCACUCACUAGGUUGAUCUUUCAUUCAUGUCAAUAUAUGGGUUCACCUUAGAGUGAAGAUCAAGAUUCAGAAAUAUUGUAUAAAAAUUAUGCCAUGUUCUUUCAUUUUCUAACAUAACUUAUUGCCAAGUUAA